AUGACCGACACAAAGAAGUCACAACCAGAUGCCAGCGAUGACGGAAAGAAGGCUGCCUCCGUGCCACCUGCAUCAUUUGUCCCCUCCAGACCAGCAGCUUUGACCUCAAAAGACAAAGACACUCGUCGUCUUGUGGUUGUCUUGUCCCAGGCAUGCUUGGAGACCCACAAGAUCUCCACAGGCUCGCAGGGAGGUGAUAAGUAUGCUCUAUUGAACUGUGACGACCAUCAGGGCUUGUUGCGUAAAAUGGGCAGAGAUAUCGCUGAGGCUAGACCAGAUAUCACCCAUCAAUGUCUUUUAACUUUAUUGGAUUCGCCAAUCAACAAGGCCGGCAAAUUGCAAGUGUUCAUCCACACUGCACGUGGAGUUUUGAUCGAGGUGAACCCUUCAGUGAGAAUCCCCCGUACAUUCAAGCGUUUUUCUGGAUUGAUGGUGCAACUUUUGCACAAGCUUUCCAUCCGGUCAGUCAACUCUGAGGAAAAGUUGUUGAAAGUCAUCAAGAACCCAAUCACCGACCACCUUCCUACCAAAUGUCGUAAGAUUACCUUGAGUUUCGACGCAGAAAUCCGUAGAGUGCAAGACUACGUGGAGACUUUGGAUGAAGAUGAGAGCAUAUGUGUGUUUGUGGGUGCCAUGGCCAGAGGCCAGGAUAACUUUGCUGACGAGUAUGUGGAUGAGAAAAUCGGACUUUCCAACUAUCCAUUGUCUGCAUCUGUUGCGUGCUCGAAGUUCUGCCACGGAUGUGAGGAUGUGUGGGGAAUCAUGUAA